AUUCACUGACCGAGCGUGAAGCGUUAUGGGUUUGCGCAUUUGCUGGCAGCAUGGGGCCAACACAGUCAGUACGCUGCGAUGUCGGGCAGCCUGCGCCGCCGGCUGCGCUGUUGCCUCGUCUGCAUCUUGGCAUUUUUGGGCCUGCAGUUUGUGGUUGUGUUGCUGCGUUUUGGCCUACUCGAUGAAUACCCGAGCAGUCAAUUGAUCUUGCAGCAGCAACAACUGAGCUGGCAUCAAUUUAAAUGGCGUGAGUUUAUUGCGCAUACGCCCGAUCAGCCGGAUGAUUAUUUUCAAUACAAUCGCCAGCUGAGUGACAAUUUGCCAGCAGUGCGUGCACUGCCAGCGACGCGGCAUGAGAGUUGCAACGCUCGCCGCUACGCGCUGCCUCAUGCGGCAGCUGCCCAGCUCAGCGUUGUGAUAAGUUUUUAUAAUGAGGCGCGUUCCAUGCUGCUGCGAACGAUCCUGACGCUGGUCAGCCGUACCCCGGAAGACUAUCUACACGAGCUCAUCAUCAUAGACGACUGCAGCGAGGAUGUCAGUUUGCUGGAGAGUCUUGAACGGGUCAUGACUCUUGUUUACGCCACACGGAGGCGCCCCACACUUAUCUUCAGGCGCAAUCUGCGCCGCAUGGGCCUAAUUUGGUCACGCAACGAGGGCGCUCGUGUGGCAAGUGGCCACUACUUGCUGUUUCUCGAUAGUCAUUGUGAGGUCAACAAUGGCUGGCUGGAACCCCUGCUGGACAGGCUGUCGUUGAACUCAAUGCUUGCGGUCAGCCCAGUGCUGGAUCCCAUUGAACCCGAGACCUUGAGCUAUCUGGCCGGGAAUGAGCUGCUGAAAGGUGGUUUCGAUUGGAGCCUGCAUUUCCACUGGCUGCCCCGAGUGCUGGCUGUGGAGGAGCUGCCGGAGCGCCCAUAUAGCAGUCCCACCUUUGCGGGUGGCACACUGAUGAUCUCACGCGAAUGGUUCCACCAGCUGCACGGCUUCAAUCCACACCUGGAGAUUUGGGGCGGCGAGUCCAUUGAGCUUGCCAUUAAAUUGUGGCUUUGCGGCGGACAAAUUGAGAUCGUGCCCUGCAGUCGAAUCGGACAUAUUUUUCGAAUGCGCCAUGCCUUUGAGUUUCCGCCUCAGUUCGACGAGGACCAGCUGGACAGCACCCAGGCGACAUAUUUGCGCAACUCAAAAAUCAUAGCCGAGUCCUGGCUGGACGAGUACAAAUAUUUGUUCUACGCUCUCAAACCGGCGGCCAAGCAAAUUCCAUUGAAUCUCCACCCAGUCCAACCCUACGAUCCGGCACUGAUAAAGGCUGAACGGCAGUGCCAUACAUUUGAUUGGUAUAUGCGGCAUGUGAGUCCAGAACUUAGGUUGCAGCACGCGAGCCUCAGCGCAUUGGGCACCUUACGUAAUGCGGGUCGCUGUCUGCAUGUGGCAGAAACUAAGGCCAGGCUGCAGCUGCAGUUCACCAGUUGCCAUCACCUGGGAGUCACGCAGUGGCAUUUGCAUCACGACACUGGACAACUGAGUACCGAACAGCAGCUAUGUUUAGGAGUUGAAUUCACAGUGGAGCAGCCGCAGUUGAGGUUGGAAACCUGUCGCAAUGGCCAGGCGGGACAGCAUUGGUUGCGGACUGGCACACAGCUACAGCAUGCUCAGACGCAUCUCUGCCUGGAUAAUCCGCUUGAGGAUCAGCUGGUGCUGAGCGCUUGCCGUCCCCAUGCAGUUUCCCAAUCAUUUCAAUUUGCAUUGGAAACGCAGAUACAAGCGUAAGCCUGCUAAUGACCUACAGAUUGAGUAGUUGGUCGCUCGCUGGCAACUAAUCAAAAUGUUGGCUUGCUGUGCUAAUCUCUGUGAAAUAUUUCCGUUGCUGCAGUCGCCAUAGAUUAUCGCCAGAGGAAGCACUAAAUAAUGGAAGCACACACACACACACUCAGAAAAAGAAAGAGAGAGAGAGGGAGAGAGAGACUGAGGUGUAGUGAAUGCUGCGGAUUGCGUUUUUGUGGAGUCUACGCUUUGCUAUCAAGACAUUGUGCGCUUCCUGUCGCAUCCGUCACACGCGACAGCACACAAUGAAGGUGGGGAAGGAGCAGAAGCUGAAACAGGAACAGGAGCUGUGGCUGGAGCUGCAGACGGAUAAAAGACAACAACGGCGCGCUUAUUGUGCUUCUUGUUUAGAUGUCUAUGCCAUCAGUCAACAAUGCGUCGCGUCUGCAAUUGUUGUUGUCGCCGGGCAGAGGGGCGCUUGGCAACAUCAAAGUCGCCGCGCGGGUCGCAAAUGUAAUUGAGUUGAUGACUGGCCGACGAGCUUCCGGCAACUUUGAUGGCCUCCGGAUGCGUACGACUAAAAAGCGGCGGCACCAGCACAAUACAAUCCAAAGAAUGCAAAAUGCAGUGAGAUUUGCAGACAGCCGAAUAGCCGGACAAUUUGCGGUACGAGCAUUGUUUUCUUUGGCCAUCUUUGCGGUAAUAAAGCGUAAAAGUUAAUUUUGUUGCUCGGUAGCAACACAACACAACUCAACACAACAGAACAGAACAGAACGCAACGGUUGAAGUUGACAAUAUGACGGCAACUUUGCGCCGCCAGCAAUUGCAGCGGGGCAGCAACAUUUAUUUUAUGGUAUCACGGCAACAGGCGCUGCCAGCGUUGGCGUUGGCGGCGACAACUGCCAAGCAGCGCGUAAAAUCAUAUUUUUCAUGGCAUUUUAUAAAAACAACAAUUUCUUCAUUGCCAGGCUUUGAUAUGCCCUGGAAGUUGUAUGUCAUAAUAUGUAAAUUAGAUUUUUUAUUAUUUAUUUACUAUAUUUUAUGUACUACGUAACUGUUAUAUAGUUCCUAA